UCGUCAUCGGCGUCGCCCAGCACAUGGUCGAGAUCGACGAUGGCUCGGGCACGAUCCUCAUCCAGGUGACCGUCGCCAUGAAGAUCAACCUUGGCGACCUCAUCGAUUGCCUCGGCGAGCUCCAGCCCAUGCACCCGCGACUCAAAUGUCAAUACAUCAUUGGCAACCACAUUUACCCGGUGCAGGACCCCAACAUGGAGACCUUGCGGAUCCUUGAAAUCAUCCAGCUGUACAAGCAGUGCUACUUUUCAAACCGGCCGGCGCAAACCGACGCGAUGGACGGCGUCACGCCGCUCCCGACCGUCGUCAAGGCGACCAUCAAGCGCAAGUUCACCCCCGACGGUCUCAGCGACACACUGACGGCGACGGCGCCUCCUGCCGAGUAUUUUCUAACCGUACGCGAGGCCGAGUGCGACCGCUUCGGAAGGGGCCUGCGCCAGCUCGAGCUACGCGCCAACAAGCCGCCGUAUUCGAUCAUCAAAGCAGGCGACACCGUUGUCUUGAACGGAGCCUUUGUCUCCAAAGUGCGGGCAAAGCGAACGUACCCGAGCGUCGUCCAAGCCGUCGCCGCGGAAGAUGCGGCGCUCCUCCUUCCAGAGAGCGUGUCGCCUGCGACGGCUGCAAGCCACUUUCGCAGCUACAUUAGCGAGUACGAAGAAAAGGCUGGUGGCGUCAUCGUCCUCGAAAUGGGCAACGUGCCGGUGGCCGAGCUCAGCGCCGAGGAAAUUGGCACUCUGAUCUAUGAGCAGCUCGAAGCGGCGUCCGCCGGCCUGACGCUCGAAGAGCUCGCAGUCGCGGAGUACUAG